AUGUCCUUGGACCACGUUCCGACAGCCCUCCUGGACUACCGUUUCCUAGAGAUGGAACUGGACAUUUCGGAGAAGAUCAAGCAGGAUCUAAACGUUGCCGCAGCCACGGCCACAACAGCCGCAGCCACAACAGCCACGGCCACCACAACAGCCACGGCCACCACAACAACGGCCACAACCAACGCCACUGCCAUUAGUGCAGCCUAUUCGCGGUCGCGCAAGGAGGAGUGCCACUGGUAG